AUGGCAGACCGAUUCUUCCCAAAUAUAAUGCCAGACAUGGUAGCCGAAGCACCAACCCCAUCACCUCCACAAGCAGAACACGGAAAUGACUCGCUCAUGAACCUCCUCUCCACGCCCUGCCCAUCUCUCUCACACCUUCUCAAACGCGCGGCCUCGGACCUCAAACAAACCAUCCUUACAGAGACGUGGGCCGGAGCCGCCGCCGCACAAAGCCUUCACGACUUCACUCUCUAUUCCGGCGCUCUGGGCACCGCCUUUCUCCUCUUCAAAUCGUACCAAGUCACCGGCGACGCGAACGAUAUCACUCUCUGUGCUCAGAUCGUCAAGGCCUGCGACUCUGCCUCUCUGGGUUCGAGGGAUGUUGUCACAUUUAUGUGCGGGAGGGCGGGUGUUUGUGCUCUUGGCGCGGUUGCGGCGAAGCACUGCGGCGACUCUGCUUCUCUGAGUUAUUAUUUGGCACAAUUUAGGGAGAUUAAGCUUUCCAGAAGUCUCCCUGAUGAAUUGUUGUAUGGGAAAGUUGGGUUUUUGUGGGCUUGCUUAUUUCUGAACAAACAUUUGGGGGAUGGUACAAUUUCUUCAGCUUACAUGAGAGCAGUUGUGGAUGAAAUUAUCAAGAACGGUCGAGCAUUGGGUAAGGGAGGAAGAUGUCCAUUGAUGUUUGAGUGGUAUGGGGAGAAGUAUUGGGGGGCUGCACAUGGAUUGGCAGGGAUUAUGCAUGUUUUGAUGGACAUGGAAUUGAAGCCUGAUGAGGUUGAAGAUGUCAAGGGCACUCUCAAGUACAUGAUUAACAAUCGUUUUCCUAGUGGUAACUACCCUGCUAGCGAAGAAGAUAGACAUCGAGAUGUUCUAGUACACUGGUGUCAUGGGGCUCCUGGGAUUGCCCUCACACUUGCCAAAGCUGCUAAGGUUUUUGGAGAUAAAGAAUUUCUGGAAGCAGCUGCUGAUGCGGCAGAGGUUGUCUGGAAACGUGGACUGCUAAAGCGAGUGGGGAUUUGCCAUGGCAUUAGUGGAAAUGCAUAUGUGUUCCUCUCGCUCUACCAACUGACAGGAAAUGUAGUGUUCUUAUACAGAGCCAAAGCUUUUGCUUGUUUCCUACUCGAUAGAUCUCACAAGCUUAUAUCGCAGGGUGAGAUGCAUAGAGGCGAUAGCCCCUACUCCUUGUUUGAAGGAGUUGGAGGUAUGGCUUACCUUUUAUUGGACAUGCUUGAACCUUCUCAGGCAAAGUUUCCUGCUUACGAACACUAAAAGAUGUUUGUACAAGGGGAAGCAUCAGGAGUAGAAAUUACCAUCACUCAUUGUAAUUUACUACUGAGUAUAUGUAAUAUGUGCAAACCUCUCUGUCCAGGAACCCGAAGAUAUGGUUCCAUUUAGUUCAGUCACCUCUCUAUAAUCUGUAUGUUUAAAUCUUCCAUCAUUAGCAAUAAAAUUUAUUAGCUUGAUCAA